CGCUCACAACGCAGCCUUACAGUCUGUAGGCCGGUCUAGUAUGGAGCUCGGCCCCGGAAAGGGAGUUCCGUGGAUGCGUGCGCAGCUGGCGGGAGAUAGGAAAUAACAAUAACGCCCGAGACGGCGCAAAGAAGUGUCUGGAGCGGCAGAAUGUCUCGGCGGGCCCGCGGCGAUGAUCUUGAGGACUUGCAAUAUCAGGACACAGACUCUGAUGUCCCGGAGCCAAAGGAAAACCGGCUCAAAGUGAAGUGGACCCCAGAAGAGGAUGAGGCUCUAAAAGGCUUGGUGAAAACACAUGGACAAGGUGAAUGGAAGACAAUUGCCAGUAACCUUACUAAUCGUACUGAACAACAGUGCCAGCACCGCUGGCUUCGAGUUCUUCAUCCUGACCUGGUUAAGGGUCCAUGGACAAAAGAGGAAGAUGAAAAGGUAAUUGAGCUGGUGAAGAAGUAUGGCACCAAGCACUGGACCCUGAUCGCGAAGCAGCUCAAAGGCCGCAUGGGCAAACAGUGCCGUGAACGCUGGCACAAUCAUCUCAAUCCGGAAGUGAAAAAGUCAUCGUGGACAGAGGAAGAGGAUAGAAUUAUAUGCCAAGCCCAUAAAGUAUUGGGAAAUCGCUGGGCUGAAAUAGCAAAGCUGCUUCCUGGGAGGACAGACAAUGCCGUGAAGAAUCACUGGAACUCCACCAUUAAACGUAAGGUGGAGACUGGAGGAUUCCUGACCAUGAAAAAAGCAGGAGGGCAACAGGAACAAAGAGAGGACUCUGGGUACCAAGCUACAGAUGAGCAGGUACAAAUUAAUCAUGUACUGCUCACAGAAUCUGUGGAUCCGAGUGCUAACACUCCAGAGGAGCCCUCAAACAUACUUUCUCCCAAGCUUCUGAUCAAGAAUCCAGUUAAUAAAUCUGAGCAAGAUAGCGAAGAUGAAGAUUCCAAUAUUGAUUCCGUCGUACCCUCUGCCACAGCCAUAUCGGAUACUGGUCCAGAGAAGUGGAUGGUAGAAUAUGUGAAUUUCCUGGUGCCGGCAUCAGACAUAAUGGAAUCGGACCCUGAAGCCUGGUGUGAAUUAUCUAAUUUUGAUCUGGGAGAGGACUCUACAGUCAGUGAUGUCGGAAGCCCCAUCCGCCCUGACGUUUCUGACAAACCCCAGGCUCCUAAUGUCACAGAAUACCGCCUGGAUGGCCACACUCUCUCUGAUCUGUGCAAGGGAAAUAAAGGGGAACUGAUACCUAUAUCUCCUCAGCCCCAGACAGCUUUUGGAACUCCUCCCUCACUGCUGAAACAACACAGAAAAAGAAGGAUUACACUGUCCCCUGUUACUGAGAACGGUGGUAGUAUUAUUGCAUCAAUUACAGAAGCAAACAGCAUGACCCCCAAAAGCACUCCAGUGAAAUCCUUGCCUUUCUCCCCAUCACAGUUCUUGAACUUCUUGUCCAAACAAGAUGCCCUAGAGCUAGAAAAUCCUUCCCUCACCUCGACUCCUGUGUGCAGCCAAAAGGUGGUGGUGACCACUCCUCUUCAUCGGGACAAGACCCCCCUGCUGCAGAAGAAUUCUGUCUUCAUCACCCCGAAUCAUAAGUUUAUGGGAGACUAUGUACUGCACACACCAACGCCAUUUAAAAAUGCACUUGAGAAGUUUGGGUCGCUGAAGCCACUGCCCCCAACACCUCAUCUAGAGGAGGAUCUAAAGGAAGUUCUACGCAGUGAGUCUGGCAUUGAGCUAAUCAUUGUGGACGACCCUAAGCAUGAACGUCAGAAGCGAAAACCACACAGCCCAAUCAAAAAAGUGCGGAAGUCCCUUGCUUUGGAUAUUAUAGACAAAGAUCCCAAGCCUCCGUCACUAACACUUUCAUCCGCUGCUUCUGCACAUAUGCAGUCUCAAUCCUGCGACAGUUUCCUGUCUGUCUCUCUCAAUGAGUCUUCCUGCAGCAGCCGAGAGGAAAACAGCGUCCUUAACCAAGGCUUUGUCCAGGUCCAGACAAGCAAAGGGGCCGUUGCACAACUUGGGAACACCUCACAGCUACCAACUGACAUUGGCGAACUGAUGAAAACCCAGUGGGGCCUCAGUAAAACUGAAACAGGCCCUCCAUUUAAAACCAAGAACGGGACAUUCACAAAUACAGACUUGUGCCCACAAUCACUGAUGGACUUAGACACGUUUCAUUCUGCUGCAGUAACAUCUAAUCAAUGCCAAACAAUCAAAACAGAAACUCUUUUCCAAGUAACGCCCGAUAACGUAAAAAUGCAGAGGCAUGACAUUAUGAAGAUUCCAGAGCCGAUGACCACUGCCUGGAAAACAGUUGCUUUUGGUGCUUCCCAGGAUCAGCUGCUCAUGCAGGAGAAAGCCCGGGCCAUACUGAACUUACAUAAACACAGCUCUACCUCCCGAGCACUAGUUCUUUCCUGAUGUCCAUCCAGCUAACUCUGCCUCAUCUCUUCCACGAGUGCAGAUUCUAUUAGACAUACAAAUGGACAUAAACACUCAUGCUCUUGUUAACAACUUUGCAGCAGACUCUUGACAGUCCCAGGAUGUUUUUUGAAAGAAGAACCCGAGGGAUGAAUUUAAUUUCCAAUUUUUUUCUUUGCAAAAUGUGCCCCCAAAUGAGGCCGGUUUUUGCCAGGCAUUAGAUGACGGCCUUUUUUUUUUUUUUUUUUUUUACUUUUUGUCGAGCAGAUCUUUGCAGUGUGCAUUCCAUUGGAGACCUUGGCUUUGUUCGCAGACAGCCUGUGCUUCUUUCUUUUACUGGUUGCAUAGUGCGUGCUCAUGGCACAAAUACAUGCACUAAACUGCCUUCUUUUGAAAACCAUUUUCAUAAAAAAAAAAAACCCAUUAAUUUAAUCAAUGUUUAUUCGUAACUUCGAGAAAUGAUCACUGAAGAAGAUAUUGUCAAAAUAAUUUAUACUUUUAAAGGACAUGUAAAUGCAAAUUUUACUCAGACUAGAAAUGGGAAGGGCACAGUUCUCCCACCUGAACCACGUCAUUUUCACAGGCCAAACUUUCUAUUUCCUGCACUGCUGCAUAAACUCUGAGCGAAUACAAAGUUUCUCCCAGCAGCAAUUAUAUGCCAUUCGUUGUCAUAACA